AUGGAGAGAAUAGGGUUGAAGGGUGGCAUCAGCAUCAAUGGCAACAACAGUGGUGGAGUGGUAGAGAUGGAGGAGAGCAAUAAAGUUGUAGAUCUUUCACAUUCCAAGAGAAAGGCUCUUGAGUUCAUCUACUCACCUCUCCCGCCUUUUCCAGUGGUGAUCAAAGUAGAAGAGCCACCACCAACCCAAGAGAUUCUGACAGUAACAAUUGAACCUACUUCGGAUACUGCACCAAAACCUUCAAAUACUGAAACCUACAUCUUCGAAAAAUCAAGGAUUGUCAAAGAAAUUGCACCGAAACCCAAAGAAAAGUCACCUGAAUUAUUCAAGGUAAGGGAUGCACUUGCAAUUCUCAAGAACAUAAUCCUUUGGAGAAAAAAGUUCAAUAUUGAUGCCUUAAUCGAUGAGGACCUCGGUGAAGAUCUCGAAAAGGAGGAGAGCAAUAAAGUUGCAGAUCUUUCAAAUUCCAAGAGAAAGGCUCUUGAGUUCAUCUACUCACCUCUCCCGCCUUUUCUAGUGGUGAUCAAAGUAGAAGAGCCACCACCAACCCAAGAGAUUCUGGUAGUAACAAUUGAACCCACUUCGGAUACUGCACCAAAACCUUCAAAUACUGAAACCUACAUCUUAGAAAAAUCAAGGAUUGUCAAAGAAAUUGCACCGAAACCCAAAGAAAAGUCACCUAAAUCAGAGGUUGUAGAGAAAGAGAUUGCUGAGAUUGCGAAGAUUGAGAUAACUAAUUCCCCACCUAAGGAGAUUUCUAUUUGGGGUGUGCCCUUGCUCAAGGACAAUAGAACUGAUGUGAUUUUACUGAAAUUCUUACAAGCCAUAGAUUUCAAGGUAAGGGGUGCACUUGCAAUUCUCAAGAACAUAAUCCUUUGGAGAAAAGAGUUCAAUAUUGAUGCCUUAAUCGAUGAGGACCUCAGUGAAGACCUCGAAAAGGUUGUGUUCAUGCACUGUUUCGACAAGGAAUGA